AUGACACGCCAUGAUAUUGGCGUGAACGUUUUGAUGAGACGAAUGUAUUCGACGAACCGUAGUAAGAUGCUCGACUUAGCAAUCCAGCCCCCCGCGCAAGCUCGACCCGGAGUGGCUCUAUACCCACCCCUCACUGCUCGGCUAAGCAACGAGCAUAACAUCUUCGAAGAGCUUUCCCAAGUCUGGGCUGCCGUGACACUAGUCCACCACUCCGGAGAAGUAUUGUAUCAGCAGCUAAGUGGCAAGGUUGCCGACUCUGCCCACCCUCUGCCAGAAGAUGGUGGGGGUGGAUCAAGCUCCACGGCCAGAGACAGAGCUUACUUCUACUUUCCGGAUCUCGUUAUCCACGAGCCCGGCCAGUACCGUGUCAGGGUCACUCUGAUGCAGAUGGACUAUUCAUGUGACGCCGCUCCUGAUGGCGUCGUGACGGUGCGUGAGUACGUCGAUUCACGUUCCAUCAGCAUUGAGAACAAUGCUCCCAAUCGUUCUCGACCGAACUCCCGUGAGCGUGCCUUCCUGCGUGUCUUGAGGGACGACGGCCAGCAGAUUCCGUCAGGCUCAGGUUAG